AUGACUUCAAGCAGUAACGUGUUGGAAAUAACAGGCAAUGAGCUGGUCCACAUACUGAGGACCCCCCGGGAUCAGUACACCUCUGACGGGUGCGUGGUUCUGGACUGCAGACCUUUCCUCGACUUUUCCGCGGCGCACAUCUGCGAGUCCCGCAACGUGAACUGGAACUCGAUGCUGCGCCGCAGGUCCAAGAGCUCUGUGGUGGCCCUGGAGUGGCUCAUCCCGGACAAGGCGCUGCUGAGCCGGCUGCGGGGCGGGGGCUUCUCCCCGGUGGUGGUGGUGGAUGAGAGGAGCCGCUUCCUAACCGAGCUGAAGUCCGAGAGCGUGGCCCAGAUGUUGCUCACCGCCCUGCAGAACGAAGUUCACACCCAGAUCUGCUUUCUGCAAGGUGGAUUUGAAGGAUUUUCUGAGGCCUUUCCGAAGCUUUGCUACAAUUCCUCCAGCAGUCACUUCGUGGAACCAGAGCCAACAGACAGGAGGACUUAUGAUCAGGAUGGUCCUGUGGAGCUGCUGCCCUUUCUGUUUCUGGGCAGUGCAGUCCACUCGUCCUGCAGAGAGACACUGGCAGCCGCUGGCAUCACAUCUGUGCUGAACGUGUCCUCCACCUGUCCCAACUUCUACGAGGGGGAGUUCGAGUACCUUCGACUCACUGUGGAGGAUACGCUGGUCGCUGACAUCAGAGCCUGCUUUCAUACAGCCAUCGCUUUCAUAGACUCGGUGAAGCAGAGUGGUGGUCGGGUGCUGGUGCACUGUCAGGCAGGCAUCUCCCGCUCUGCCACCAUCUGUCUGGCGUACCUCAUGCACACGCAGCGCGUUCGGCUGGACGAGGCCUUCGACUUCGUGAAGCAGCGGCGUCACAUCAUUUCCCCCAAUUUGGCUUUUAUGGGACAGCUGCUGCAGUUUGAGACGGACAUUCUCUGUCAGGGAUGAAAACUUCAGAACGAUGACUUUUUUUA